AUGAAACUCCCUACGAACUCAGCUAGAUCCGACAAGGCGGCUAGGCAGAGUCUGAAUCAUAAUAACGACAACGAGGGCCACAAUAGCGACGACGAUAACGAUAAUGGUAACGAUGACGAAAUCAGCGGAAGCAGUACCGGUGGCAGUAAUGAAUGGGCCCUUGAUUAUGAUACCCAGCCAAUUCGCAGUUAUCCGACCGAGUUUCGUGCUAGACGCCAUCAAAUCGGCCAUUUCUCCAGGAUUAGAGGACUGUUCAGGUACUCAACGAUGUCUGCUAAUGCAUCAGUUGUGAGGCAAGAUGAAAAUGAAGUCAUGCUCAUCGACUAUGUCUUUUACAGAGCCCAAAUUAGAGAUUUCGAGCGCAGCGUUGCCCAGUAUCCACUCUUACGACCGCAUAUUGACGAAUUGCUCGGCGUAGACUCUCCUCGGGGCCGCUCCUUCUUCUCCGAUCCUGGGUACGCUCCAACAGGAUAUGAGGUGCUUUCAUUCAGGGAUCUUCGCAGAAGACACCCGAUUCUUGCGGCGAUGUUUGCCUUGUGGCAUGUCAUGGUCGGCAACGUGUUGAAAGAAGCGCCAAUGACGCAGUAUUGGGCUUUGCAUUUGUACUGUCUCUUGUAUGAGAUUUUUGCGAUUCGCCCGUUGCUAGAGGAUAGAAGUGAGUAG